AUGAUGACAUGUAGACAGACUACUUAUGACGGCUUGAACGCGGCGGAGGAGACUUGGAUUCACUUGUCAUUCUCGUGGGCUGGAAAGACCUUCAGCCUCGACUUGGCGGAGUCAGACAGGGUUUACGACUUGAAGGCUGCACUUCUAAGUCUUACCAAUGUUCCACCUGAGAGACAAAAAAUUCUCGGACUCGUAAGGGGAAAGCUUCCUUCGGAUGAGGGGAGAAUUUCGGACCUCAGGAUCACUCCCGGAAAGAACUUCAUUUUAGUUGGAACAUCCCACCUGGAGACGAAAUCAAAGACCCCUCCCGUAAAACUGGAAUCCCUGCCUGACGUAGUGAACGACCUAGAUGUCGACGUCACAGGAAAACCCUCAAGCUGCAGCGAGUUCGAGAAGCAACGUCGAAACUCCAAAUCGAAUCUAAUAAACCCUUUGCGCGAAGGAAAGCGAUUACUUGUACUCGACCUUGACUACACUAUUCUCGAUACCAAACCUCUUACCUCAGGCUCGCUACCUCCUGCAGAGUGCGCUCGCCCUGGCUUACAUGAGUUUCUGGAGGACCAUAUACCCAUAUUACGAUAUAUGCAUCUGACUACUUGGGUAUGGUUGGAGGCAAAACUGGUAGAACUCGGGAUGAUUGGUUCCACAAGGGCAUACGAGGUCAUCCUCGAUAAGACGUGCAUGUUCACCGUCUUCACCGAGCGUAAUGGGCAACCAUACACUCAUCACGUGAAACCUCUGCAGAUCAUCUGGAAUAAAUUCCCUCAGUUCAGCGCAAAGAACACCAUCCAUGUAGACGAUCUGAGCAGAAAUUUCGCCCUUAACCCCGACGAAGGCCUGAAAAUUCACGCGUUCAAGCAUGCACACAUGGAGCAAGCUCAAGCAGACAGGGAACUCGAGAAACUUGCACGCUAUAUGGUUCACAUUGCGUCCAUCGAUGACUUCCGAACGGUCAAUCACAAGGACUGGAAGCGUACGCUGCGAAACCUCGCGAGGCCUUGA